CAGAGACAGUUAGGAAGGGUUUGAGGAAAGGAUGCACAGAGACAUUAAGGAACUACACACAUGCUUUACUUCUUGAUGGCACAGAUUGUAAGCCACAGUGACCUACUCCUCUAGUCAAAGGAUUUUAAACCAAGCACAACCAAGCCGGCACAAAUGAAAGGGGAAUCUACUGUAAUAGAGAUGACAGGCCAGCUCACUCAUACCAUAUACGGAGACCUUUUUGCCUGAAAGGUCUUAGAAGUCUCUGCCAUCAUCAGUCUCGACAUUGACCAAAUUUCCAACCCCUUUGUAUAACACAACACAGCUAAAAGUGUGCAACUAAAUCAGUAGAGAGCUGGGACGGGACGGGUCAGCCAAUUGGAGGAGAGAGAUGUGGACACAGGGGCGGUGGGCGGCGUUGGCGGUGUUGUCAAUAAUCUUGCUGCUGUCAAAGGAAGCGGCUCCAAUUGAAGUCCCACUGGACCCAAAGAUCCAGCAAGAGCUGAAACAGCCCCCCACCAUUGUGAAGCAGUCACUAAAGGACUACAUUGUGGACCCCAGAGAUAACAUCAUCAUUGAAUGCGAGGCCAAGGGGAACCCCGUGCCAACGUUUCAGUGGCGGCGGAAUGGGAAGUUCUUCAACGUGGGGAAGGAUCCGCGGGUGACCAUGCGGACUCGUUCUGGAACUCUGGAGUUCAGGAGCAGUGGGAAACCGGAAGAUUACGAAGGAGAGUACCAGUGCUUUGCCUCCAACGACUUUGGCACAGCGAUUUCCAACAAAAUCUUGCUUCGAGUGUCAAAGUCUCCGCUGUGGCCGAAAGAGGUUCUGGAGCCGGUAACUGUGCGUGAGGGGGCAUCACUCGUCCUGCCCUGCAACCCUCCCCCUGGUCUUCCCCCUCCUGAAACCUUCUGGAUGGACAGCUCCAUUAUGCCUAUACCACAGGACAAGAGGGUGUCAAUGGGUCUGAAUGGUGACUUGUUCUUCUCCAAUGUUCUGGCUAAAGACGCCAUCUCUGACUACAGCUGCAACGCUCGCUUCGAGUUCACACACACCAUUCAGCAGAAGAACCCCUACACCCUUAAAGUGCAAACAAAAGAACCUUAUAAUGACACCUUUCUCAACUCCACUGAUCUGUAUGGUGUACGAAAUGUACCAGAAACCCAGCCUACCUUUCUGUCUCCAAAGGGCAUUGCCAGCUCCAAGAUCGUGCUCCGAGGGGAACAGCUUCUUCUGGAGUGUAUAGCAGCUGGAGUCCCAACUCCUUCCAUUAAUUGGUUCAAAAGAGGAGGAGACUUGCCAGCAAAAAAAGUCAAGCUUGAGAACUUCAAUAAAACUUUACGCAUCCUCAAUGUGUCCGAAGAAGACUCUGGCGGCUACAUCUGCAUGGGCAGCAACAAGAUCGGCAGCAUUCGCCAUGCUGUUGAAGUCCAUGUCAAAGCUGCACCCUAUUGGCUAGAUAAGCCCACCAAUCUGGUGCUUGCUCCUGAUGAGAAUGGACGGUUAGUGUGUCGUGCCAAUGGGAACCCUAAACCCACCAUCCAAUGGCUGGUGAAUGGGGAACCGAUUGAAAGUUCACUACCAAACCUAAACCAGGAAGUUCUUGGGGAUACCAUCAUGUUCCAUUCGGUCCAGAUCGGAACCAGCGCAGUGUACCAAUGUAACGCCUCCAAUGAGCACGGUUAUCUACUGGCCAAUGCUUUUGUCAGCAUCCUGGACAUGGCACCACGAAUGCUAGGCCCAAAGAAUCAGCUGAUCAAAGUCAUCGAAAACAACAGAACCUUCCUCGACUGCCCUUUCUUUGGCUCACCGUUCCCUUUACUGCGCUGGUUUAAGAAUGGCCUAGGCAGUGGUCUGGAUGGUGGUCAGUACAGGCUUUACCCAAACGGUACUUUGGAGAUCAAUCAAGCCCGGCCAGAAGACCAAGGCACCUACACCUGUGUCGCCAGCAACAUCCUGGGCAAGAUGGAGAAUCAGGUGCGCCUGGAGGUUAAAGAGCCCACAAGGAUAGUGCGGGCACCCGAGCAUGUCACAGAACCUAGAGGGAGCACGGUUCGCUUUGACUGUCGAGUUAAACGCGAUCCUUCUCUUCUUGUUACGGUCACAUGGCUGAAAGAUGACAAGCCUCUAAGCUUCAGCUGGACUUUUGGUGGCCGGUUGAGAAAGGAUGAUGAGUCCUUGACUAUCCAGAAUGUCAAUCCAGAAGAUGGAGGAACCUACACGUGCACUGCCAAAACUGAGAUAGAUGAGGACUCUGCCUCAGCUCGCCUUACAGUUAUAGAGGAUGACAUCUCUUCUGCCUCAAAUCGUAGUGCCUCUGCAGGUCGACCUGACCCCCCUCAGGAUCUUGAGCUCUCGGACCCUUCAGCACGUAGUGUCAGACUCACCUGGGUGCCUGGGAAUGAAAACAACAGUCCUGUUACACAUUUCUUCGUCCAGUUUGAAGAGGACAGGUGGGAGCCGGGCAAGUGGCAGAACCUGUCUGUAUAUGAUGGCAACCUAAACUCAGUCAACCUACAGCUGUCACCCUUUGUCAACUACCAGUUCAGAGUGAUUGCAAUCAAUGCUGUGGGCCAGAGUCAACCCAGCCACCCUUCCGCACGCUAUCAGACCAGCGGAGCCUCUCCUGAUGUUAUCCCUGGUGGUCUUAAAGGCUGGGGAAGCAAGAAGAAUAACAUGGAGAUCACAUGGCAGGCCCUUAAGAACACAGAAAGGAAUGGGCCAAACCUGCAAUAUUUGGUCUCCUGGAGAAGGAAAGACACAGAGGAAGAGUGGGUUAACAUAAUUACAUCCAGAGCAGAGCACACUAUCCAUAAUACAGACACCUAUGUCCCAUACGAGAUCAAAAUACAGGCCGUUAAUGACUUUGGAUACGGCCCAGAGUCAAACAUAGUCAUCGGUUACACUGGGGAAGACAGACCGUCCGCUGCGCCAACAGAACUCAAGGUGUCGAAGAUCAACAGUACCAAAGUUAAUGUUCACUGGGUGCCUGUGGACCCCAGCACUGUGAACGGAGAGUUUAAAGAGUACAAGUUGUACUACUGGCGGGAGGCCAGCCUUAUCAAAGGCCUGAAAGUAAAUAAGACAAAAUUGCAUAAAGGUUUCUUCACCACUGCCGAACAUCCUUCUGGCAUCCUGACAGAGCUAUUUCCAUACAGCAAAUAUAAAAUAUACAUGGUGGUGGCUAAUAGAGAGUAUGAGGGACCACAAAGUAACACUGUGGAGUUUCAAACCAAGGAGGGAGAGCCAGGAGCUCCAAAGUACUUUAGGAUUCAGAGGCACACAGACGUGGUUCACCUGAAGUGGGACAAGCCACUGGAGCCGAACGGUAUCCUGAUUGGAUACACACUCCAAUACCACACAGUGAACGGGACGCAGCGGGGAGAGAGGAAGGUCGAGAGUUUUCCAGCCAAUGUUACGGAUUACGUUGUGAAUCUGCCUCACCGCCUAACACGGUUCAAGUUCUACCUAGCAGCUCGCACGCAGGUCGGCGCAGGAGAGGUGUACGCCGUGGAGUCGCCACAUUUCGCAAAUGAAGGCACCCCAGAUACUGACUCUACAGUUGUAGCCGUUAACUUUACAGAUGCCUUGAUCUUCGAAACUCCUCCUCCUCCCCCUCCCCUCUCCACUGACCCAAUCCCAGCAAUACUUACCCCAGAACCAGCCACACCAGCCCCUACAACUGCUGCUCCGCCCAAACCUAUUACCACUUCCACCACUACUACCACUACAACAACUACUACUACAACCACAACUACUACAACUACUACCACCACCACUACAACAGCUUCCACCACACUUCUUCCUGUCCGGCCCAUGUCUCCUAAAACAGUGGAUUGGAAAAUGCUGGCCCCGAAUGUAAAGAUCUGGAAUCUGACCGUGGAUGCUAACAAUGACUAUGCUAACGUCAGCUGGAAGCACAACUUCUCCGUUGACAGCAGCAAGUUUGUGCUAGAGUACACACUGGACAGUAAUGGGUCGAUGAAAAGCAUACAAGUAAACCAGCAGCCUUUCAUUAAGCUGGCUGGGCUGGUGGCCGGGGCCAAGUAUCGGUUGCGGGUCUAUUCCCAUGAGCACCACUCCAUCAGCAGCGACUUUGUCACGUUCGAGACAGGCAGAGCCUACAUGGAGCAGGAAGACAUCGCUACUCAGGGCUGGUUCAUUGGGCUGAUGUGUGCCGUCGCUUUAUUGGUUCUCAUUCUGCUCAUUGUUUGUUUCAUCAAGAGGAGUCGUGGAGGAAAAUACCCAGUGAGAGAGAAGAAAGACCUCCCCUUGGAUCCUGUUGACCAUAAAGACCAAGAUGGAUCAUUUGACUAUCACAGCGACGAAGACAACAAGCCAUUGCAGGGCAGCCAAACAUCCCUGGACGGGAACGUAAAAGAGAGCGAUGACAGUCUCGUGGACUAUGGUGAAGGAGGGGACGGCCAGUUCAACGAGGACGGCUCCUUCAUUGGCCAGUACACAGUUAAGAAGGACAAAGAGGAGACUGAAGGAAACGAGAGCUCAGAAGCCACGUCACCCGUCAAUGCCAUCUACUCUCUGGCAUAGCACUCCGAAAGGGGCACGGCGCCCCCAGCAGGUCGGAGGGUGCCACUACACGCAUACAAAUAAAUAUAUAUACAGUAUAUAUAUAUAUAUAUAUAUAUAUAUAUAUAUACAUACAGAGAGAAUUAAGAGUAUUCACAUAAAACGCACUGGAGUGCAUGAUCCUUCUGAGUAAGGGAUGGGGAGCCAGCAGGUGUCCGGAAACCUUCGUUUGAGGUGUCCCCAUGCUCCACACAGACUUUAGUGUGCCUUUAGGGCGACGGGGCGGACUUUCAAGCUUUUCAUGUGGCUUAUGCUCUUCUUUUUUUUAUUUUGUAAAUCUUAAGCUAAUCUGCCCCUUCCUCCUCCUGUUGUAGCUAGAAUCAAAGAAACGGAGACACAAGCACCAGACCUGUGACAUAUCAACUGUGUGUCGACUCAACUGCAGAACGUCGGCAAAUACGUUUAUCAUAUUGAUAUUUCUGCAGUGAAUGAUUCUCUUUUUUCACCGCAGAUAGAUGCAUCCAAAAACAUGAAAUCUGUAUACAGUGCUGGCACGGUUCGCUGUGCUUUAUAAAACUAUGCACUAUGUAUUAUCAUUAUCGUGCUUUUGGGUUAAUAUUGGACGUUAGAAUCUCAUGUUUCCUUUUUUUGAUGUGGAUUUUUGCAAAGAAAAAAAUCUAGUCCUGGCUAUAUUUUUAUAUACGCCAUUGGACUGAUCUCGCUUUCAUUUGCUGUUGCUCGGUUAAUAUAUUUUCACUGGCUGCAACUAUUAAAAUGCCACCAAUAUUUAUAGGCAGAUGUUAGAUGGCAUAACAUGUAAAUGAAGAAAAAACAUUAUUUUGAAGCAUGGUAGUAUUUUAGCGCAAAGGACAAUGGAGAGGUUGUAAUACGAAGAGUUAAAUACACAAUGAUAAAUUCAUUUUUUUUUUAUAAGACUUGCUUUAUAUAGUCCUCAAAAGAGAAUAAUGAUGAUGAAAUUGA